GAGCUCAUCGGCCAAGGGGCACAGAAGGAAGUGUACAGAGCUUUCGACGAGGAGCGUGGUAUAGAGGUUGCCUGGAACGAGGUGGCCGUCGCCGAGCUUGCGUGCUUUCGGGAGAAAGAUCAGCAGCGCGUAUUCGCAGAGAUCCGCGUGCUGAAACAGCUGAAACACAAGAACAUCAUGACGCUGCACGACUACUGGUUUGACGAGCAACGGUUCAUGUUGGUGUUUAUCACGGAGAUCUUUCCCGACGGGACGCUGCGCCAGUACCGCCGCCGCCACAAGCACGCGGACUUGCCAGCCAUGAAGCGAUGGGCCUGGCAAAUCCUGCAGGGCCUGGUGUAUUUGCACGGCCACAACCCGCCCAUCAUCCAUCGCGACCUCAAGUGCGACAACAUCUUUGUGUGUGGCAGCUCGGGUGUUGUCAAGAUUGGCGAUCUGGGCCUCGUGACGCUCUGUCGGGACUUCUCCGCACCGCAGAGCGUGCUGGGCACCCCGGAGUUCAUGGCGCCGGAGCUGUACGAAGAGAAGUAUGACGAGAAGGUGGAUGUCUACGCGUUCGGCAUGUGUCUGCUGGAGCUGGCCACCAUGGAGUAUCCCUACUGCGAGUGCAAAAACGCGGCGCAGAUCUACAAGAAGGUCACGCAAGGCAUCCCGCCAGCAUCCGUAGAUAAGUUGACCUCCACCGAGCUGCGCGACUUCGUGAUGCUGUGCCUCUGCCACGACCCGAGUCGCCGCCCGGAAGCUCGGCAGCUGCUCAAGCAUCCCUUCUUCGAGGCA